AUGUGGCCCAUCCUUUCCAUAGCCUGGGUCUUAGGACCCGCAUUGAUUCCGGUGCACGCCCUCUCAACGAAUGGCAGCUCAUCGUCAAUUCCAGCCAUCAGAGAUGUCUGCCUAGGGGGUGACGACUUGGAGCCUGAUUUUCCAAGGGCAGUCAUUCGCGGUGUCAAGAAGAUGUCCGAGGAUGAGGGUGAGAAGUUUUUCUUUGAUUAUUGGGAUUUUGAAGGGGCAGACGAGGUUGGUCUGACAGCAACGAACGAGACGUUUAACCCUCAAAGCUACGACAACCACGAGGCACCGGAGAUCCAACCUCGGGUGUAUCCAUUUCGGCCAUCGGUGUCGACUAAUAUGGGCUUCAGCCCGCUGUUUCGGCGAGAUUUUAAGUGCCCGACUGGCACUUUCGCUUGUACGGCGAUUGACCGGCCGAACAGCUGUUGCGGCGCUGGAGAUACCUGUGUUCUGGUCCAGGACACUGGGUUGGGCGAUGUAGGCUGUUGUCCUCAAGGCCAGACUUGUUCUGGCGUCAUCGGGUCCUGUCAGCAGGGGUACAUGAGCUGUCCGGCUUCCAUGGGAGGCGGUUGCUGUAUUCCUGGCUAUGAGUGUGUCAGUGGCGGAUGUGCCAACGUCUUCACGGUGACGAUAACCCUGGGUUCCACCGUCAUAGUGUCCACUGGUACUCGCACCGUCCCUCCAGAGACUACCCAGUCCUCAAGAAGUAGCAUUGGCAGCAGCAGGACAACACAAUCCACAGGUGGGCUGACACCUCCAGCUCGACCUACCAGCCUCUCCACCGCCACCACCUCCCAGAGCAGCCAGGCAGGCUCAAUCUGUCCAACCGGGUUCUAUGCGUGUUCCGCGUAUUAUGAAGGAGGUUGCUGCCGCACAGGACGAGACUGUGACACUACUUCCUGCCCUGCGAAGGUAUCGUCGACCAUCACGUCGGAUGGUCGUACCAUUGUGGUGCCAGCCCAGACGACAACUGCAACCAGCGGAACGGGACGAUGCGCCAGUGGCUGGUUCAGCUGUGCAGACACUGUGGGUGGAGGAUGCUGUCCAACUGGGUAUGCAUGUGGUUCCAGCUGUACCGCUGUAGCAACUGUAUCGGCUAGCGGAACCCUGGCCAAGAGCCAGCAAGAGAAUGGAGCCAGCCGACGCUCGAUCAGGGCGAUAUGGGCGAUAUGGGCAAUUGGUGCUCUUGGGACAAUGAUGAUGUUGUGA